ACAAUUGAACUGAAUGAUGUGUUUGUACCAUGAAACUGAAUGGCCCGCAGUGAACGUCUUUUGCCAUAGCGCAUAAAUGGUUAUAGCAAAUGCCGGCUUCUCGAAAAAUGAAUACUUAGCGGAUUCUCAGAAAGAAAACCAAGUGCGUAGCGAUAUUAAAUCAGAGGCACUGCGGUUGCUCAAUAAAGAAGAUGUGGUAUUAUUAUUAUUUUUAUUGUAGCAGCAUACAAAUUCCCCAAAGACUUUUUGGGGAGUGUAGCUGAAGUGACAGUCCUUGGCCAGAUAUAAAUCUGGGUCGUUCCGGUUACGUAGACCCGACUGUUGUGGAAACGAAGAUGUGGGCAUCGUGGACGCUGGCAAUUAUAUUAAAGGUACUAUUUAACUCUACUACAAAGGGUGUAAUAAGGCGCGAGCAUGGGAGUUUAACGAACAGCGCACUGGUGCAGUUGUGUUGGAUGAUCGAGUGGACAAUUCGAACGUGCCAUAAAAAGGGGAAAUAUUUGAUGCUUUGUGUAUGCGUUACGAAGAGCCGCAUGGCAAUUGCCGUUGGGAUAGUCCAUUGUUUGUAGUGUUUCCCGAUGAUGCGCUUAUUUUAGAGGCUAUCUAUGGCGCGCUAUACGAGUUUAAAACCCUGCCACCAAAUCAAAGCACACAAAAUCCACCACUAAGCGCUACAAAUUAUCUUUUCGAGCUGGAUAAGUUAACGCAACCAAUUAUAGCCGACGCCUUGGCUGCACGAAAAAUUGGUAACACCGGUCCAGUGCCGGUGAAAGGUAAUCAGGUGAAAGUAGAAGUUCCCGUGGCCGUAAAUGCCAUUCAACUGAACUGAAAUUAAAUUUUAAAUAAUAUAAUUUACAAUUUCAACAUCUAAACGAAAAAAAUUUAAUACUUGUAGU